AGAGGGGGAGAGGGACCUAUUUAAAGCUACCCUGUGGCUGACUGCCUGCUCUGUCUGUUUGCCGGGGUCUCUGGCCGUCCCAGACCAGAGGUGUGAGCUUGGAAUCCUCUUGGUGACCUCUCCUGUCUAGUCCCCCCAGCCACUCUGCCCCAAGAUGGGCCGUGGGGCCGGCCGUGAGUACUCGCCCGCGGCCACCACGGCGGAGAAUGGAGGCGGCAAGAAGAAGCAGAAAGAGAAGGAGCUGGAUGAGUUGAAGAAGGAGGUGGCCAUGGACGACCACAAGCUGUCCUUGGAUGAGCUGGGCCGCAAAUACCAAGUGGACCUCUCCAAGGGCCUCACCAACCAGCGGGCCCAGGACAUUCUGGCUCGGGAUGGGCCCAACGCCCUCACCCCGCCCCCGACCACCCCUGAGUGGGUCAAGUUCUGUCGCCAGCUCUUUGGGGGCUUCUCCAUCCUGCUGUGGAUCGGGGCCAUUCUCUGCUUCCUGGCCUACGGCAUCCAGGCCGCCAUGGAGGAUGAACCAUCCAAUGACAACCUCUACCUGGGUGUGGUGCUGGCAGCCGUGGUCAUCGUCACCGGCUGCUUCUCCUACUACCAGGAGGCCAAGAGCUCCAAGAUCAUGGAUUCCUUCAAGAACAUGGUGCCUCAGCAAGCCCUGGUGGUGCGGGAAGGAGAGAAGGUGCAGAUCAACGCCGAGGAGGUGGUGGUGGGAGACCUGGUGGAGGUGAAGGGCGGAGACCGCGUGCCCGCGGACCUCCGGAUCAUCUCUUCUCACGGCUGCAAGGUGGAUAACUCAUCUCUAACAGGCGAGUCGGAGCCCCAGACCCGCUCCCCCGAGUUCACCCACGAGAACCCCCUGGAGACUCGUAAUAUCUGUUUCUUCUCUACCAACUGUGUGGAAGGCACGGCCAGGGGCAUCGUGAUUGCCACAGGCGACCGGACAGUGAUGGGCCGCAUAGCCACGCUGGCCUCAGGCCUGGAGGUCGGACGGACACCCAUCGCCAUGGAGAUCGAACACUUCAUCCAGCUGAUCACGGGGGUGGCCGUGUUCCUGGGGGUCUCCUUCUUCGUGCUCUCCCUCAUCCUGGGCUACAGCUGGCUGGAGGCGGUCAUCUUCCUCAUCGGCAUCAUCGUGGCCAAUGUGCCUGAGGGUCUGCUGGCCACUGUCACCGUGUGUCUGACCCUGACCGCCAAGCGCAUGGCGCGCAAGAACUGCCUGGUGAAGAACCUGGAGGCGGUGGAGACGCUGGGCUCCACCUCCACCAUCUGCUCGGACAAGACGGGGACCCUCACCCAGAACCGCAUGACCGUCGCCCACAUGUGGUUCGACAACCAGAUCCAUGAGGCCGACACCACCGAAGAUCAGUCCGGGGCCACUUUUGACAAGCGAUCCCCCACGUGGACGGCCCUGUCUCGGAUUGCCGGUCUCUGCAACCGCGCUGUCUUCAAGGCCGGGCAGGAGAACAUCUCUGUGUCGAAGCGGGACACAGCCGGCGACGCCUCCGAGUCAGCUCUGCUCAAGUGCAUCGAGCUGUCCUGCGGCUCCGUGAGGAAGAUGAGGGAUAGAAACCCCAAGGUGGCGGAGAUCCCCUUCAAUUCCACCAACAAGUACCAGCUGUCUAUCCACGAGCGGGAAGACAGCCCCCAGAGCCACGUGCUGGUGAUGAAGGGAGCCCCGGAGCGCAUCCUGGACCGGUGUUCCACCAUCUUGGUGCAGGGCAAGGAGAUCCCUUUGGACAAGGAAAUGCAAGACGCCUUUCAGAACGCCUACAUGGAGCUGGGCGGGCUGGGGGAGCGCGUGCUGGGGUUUUGUCAGCUGAAUCUGCCGUCUGGGAAGUUCCCUCGCGGGUUCAAAUUUGACACAGACGAGCUGAACUUUCCCACGGAGAAGCUCUGCUUCGUGGGGCUCAUGUCCAUGAUCGACCCUCCCCGGGCUGCCGUGCCGGACGCCGUGGGCAAGUGUCGCAGUGCGGGCAUCAAGGUGAUCAUGGUGACUGGGGACCACCCGAUCACAGCCAAGGCCAUUGCCAAAGGUGUGGGCAUUAUAUCAGAGGGCAAUGAGACUGUGGAGGACAUCGCAGCCCGGCUCAACAUUCCUGUCAGCCAGGUCAACCCCAGAGAAGCCAAGGCGUGCGUCGUGCACGGCUCGGACCUGAAGGACAUGACGUCGGAGCAGCUGGACGAGAUCCUCAGGAACCACACGGAGAUCGUGUUCGCGCGGACGUCCCCGCAACAGAAACUCAUCAUCGUGGAGGGCUGUCAGAGGCAGGGGGCCAUCGUGGCGGUGACGGGGGACGGCGUGAACGACUCCCCCGCGCUGAAGAAGGCUGACAUCGGCAUCGCCAUGGGCAUCUCGGGCUCCGACGUGUCGAAGCAGGCCGCCGACAUGAUCCUGCUGGACGACAACUUCGCCUCCAUCGUCACGGGCGUGGAGGAGGGCCGCCUCAUCUUUGACAACCUGAAGAAAUCCAUCGCGUAUACCCUGACCAGCAACAUCCCCGAGAUCACCCCCUUCCUGCUCUUCAUCAUCGCCAACAUCCCCCUGCCUCUGGGCACCGUGACCAUCCUCUGCAUCGACCUGGGCACAGACAUGGUCCCGGCCAUCUCCCUGGCCUACGAGGCGGCUGAGAGUGACAUCAUGAAGCGGCAGCCCAGGAACCCUCAGACGGACAAGCUGGUGAAUGAGAGGCUCAUCAGCAUGGCCUAUGGACAGAUCGGGAUGAUCCAGGCACUGGGUGGCUUCUUCACCUACUUCGUCAUCCUGGCGGAGAACGGUUUCCUGCCAUCACGGCUGCUGGGAAUCCGCCUGGACUGGGACGACCGGUCCACAAACGACCUAGAGGACAGCUACGGACAGGAGUGGACCUACGAGCAGCGGAAGGUGGUGGAGUUCACGUGCCACACGGCCUUCUUUGCCAGCAUCGUGGUCGUGCAGUGGGCCGACCUCAUCAUCUGCAAGACCCGCCGUAACUCGGUCUUCCAGCAGGGCAUGAAGAACAAGAUUCUGAUUUUUGGGCUCCUGGAGGAGACAGCGCUGGCGGCCUUCCUGUCCUACUGCCCGGGCAUGGGUGUGGCCCUCCGCAUGUACCCACUCAAGGUCACUUGGUGGUUCUGUGCCUUCCCCUACAGCCUCCUCAUAUUCAUCUACGAUGAGGUCCGAAAGCUCAUCCUGCGGCGGUAUCCCGGCGGCUGGGUGGAGAAGGAGACGUACUACUGAGCCGUCUGAAGAAGGACCAGGGUCAAGGGCGCCUGGAGGGGGCUGGGGGUGGUGGUGCAAAAGGACUGGGGGGUGUCGGGGGAGGGUCCGGGAGGGAGAAUGAGGCCACUCAGCAGGCUAAGUUGGGGGGAAUGGGUAACUAAGCUCGGGGUGAUUGCCUUGCAGACCUAACUACAAACAACCGGGUCAGACCCCACACGUCAGGGUCCUUCCCAGAUCCCUAUCCACGCGCUCUGCUCUGUGGUCCACUUUUUCCGAGGAAUUAACGGCUACCCCAGCCCUCCCUGUUCUGUCCCUGCACACCCACCUGCCAUUACAACAGUUCAACACCCAAAGGCAGGGACCUGUCUGAACCAGGAGGAGGGGACCGUCUCAGAUCACCAAUGUCCCUUCAUCUCCCCGGCCUUACCCCACUGUCCCUUCCACCCGUCCUUUGCUUCCUGCCAGACGCUGCCCCCUGCCCCCGCUGGGGAUGAGACGCAGUUCCUCCUGGUGAGUGCCAGGUGUGGGGCCGGAAAGGGAAGCUGG